GCGGGGCUCUGGGAAUGGCUGUGCCCCCUUCGGCUCCUCUGCCGUGCUCGCCCUUUUACCUGGGGAGGCAGACGUCUUGCCUGCAGUGCUCAUGGGGCAUGGAGGAGAAGGCGGUGGCCAGCGCGGGCUGCCGGGAGUCCCCGGCCCCCCCGAAGGCCGGCUCCGUCCCGUGCUUCAACAUAUCGGUGGACCAGGAGGACAUCCUCCCGGGCGCCCUGCGCCUCAUCCAGGAGCUGCGGCCGCACUGGAAGCCCGAGCAAGUUCGGACCAAGCGCUUCACUGAUGGCAUGACCAACAAGCUGGUGGCCUGCUACGUGGAGGAGGACAUGCAGGACUGUGUGCUGGUCAGGGUGUACGGGGAGCGCACCGAGCUGCUGAUCGACCGCGAGAAUGAGGUCAGAAGCUUCCAGCUGCUGCAAGAACACGGCUGUGCCCCCAAACUGUACUGCACCUUCUGGAAUGGGCUGUGUUAUGAGUACAUGCCAGGCAUGGCCUUGGGACCAGAGCAUAUCGGGGAGCCCCAGCUCUUCAGGUUAAUCGCCUUAGAAAUGGCAAAGAUCCACACCAUCCACGCCAAUGGCACCCUGCCUAAGCCCACCCUCUGGCACAAGAUGCACAACUAUUUCACCCUGGUGAAGAAUGAGAUCAACCCCAGCCUCUCUGCAGGUGUCCCAAAGGUUGAGGUGCUGGAGCAGGAGCUGGCCUGGCUGAAGGAGCACCUGUCCCAGCUGGAGUCCCCAGUGGUGCUCUGCCACAAUGACCUGCUCUGCAAGAACAUCAUCUACAACAGCGACAAAGGUCACGUGCGGUUCAUUGACUAUGAAUAUGCCGACUACAACUACCAAGCCUAUGACAUUGGCAACCAUUUCAAUGAGUUUGCAGGUGUGAAUGAUGUCGAUUACUGCCGCUACCCCUCACGCCAGAUCCAGCUGCAGUGGCUGCGCUACUACCUGCAGGCCCACAAGGGGGGCCCUGUGACCCCCAGGGAGGUGGAGAAGCUCUACGUGCAAGUCAACAAGUUUGCCCUGGCCUCUCACUUCUUCUGGGCACUCUGGGCCCUCAUCCAGAACCAGUACUCCACCAUCGACUUUGAUUUCCUCAGGUAUGCUGUGAUCCGCUUCAACCAGUACUUCAAGGUGAAGCCGCAAGUGUCUGCCUUGGAGAUGCCAAAGUGACCAGCAUCCCCCAGCCCUCCCUGCUCAUCUGUCUCACAGGCUCGCCCUGCUCUGGGGCCACAUGUUGGGACAGAUGGGGUGUCCAAGGAGAAAGGUCGGCCCCUGCCCCCAGUGAAUGCCACUCUAGACCUCUCUCCUUCUGUUUGGACUUGGGGGGGGGGUCCCCUUCAUUUCCCCAAGCCUAAGGGGAAGUGCCUGCCGACAGCCAGAGCCACCAGCACCAGGAAUGGGGCUAUUAGUACCCCUCUCCCCAGGCCGCCGCAGCCCCAGGCUGUGGGGUAGCCAUGGUGUGUCUGCCCUUCCUUGCUGGGGGAAGGUGGGAGGGCUUCUUUCUACCUCCAGCGCCCAAGCUUGCAGCCCACCCCCACACCAACUCCAGACGAACUGACAGAUGGACCGAGGCACAUAACCCAUGGGGUCUAGAAUUGGGCCCGGCAGCUCUCCGUGCAGCCACCCGACCUAAGCCCCUCACUUUCAACCCCACCGUGGCCAACGCUCUUCCCUCCCGGAGGCCACGGAUCCUGUGUGGCCUCCCUCCCAGCAGCCUGCCGAGGGAGCAGGAAGGUGUGGGCUCUGCCCUCGAAGGCCUGGCCGAAGGGGACUUUGCUGACAGACAGUAGUGGCCAGCCUGCCCAUGAGGGGCUGCCUCCCCAGCUUAGCUUCUCACGAAGUGGACCCCAGGCCUUCCCGCUGGGGCGCAUCGAGGGAGUCGGGGCCCAGGGCCUACAGAGGGUAGGAUGGAGGUGGUGCUGAGCUGGUGGUCCAGACGGACCCUCAGAGGCUGUGCCUCCUUGGUGCCCUCACAGCAACCCCCCACCAGCCUAGAAAGUGAUUCAUUUCUAUUAUCCUGGUUUUCUGCAUUAAAAUGGCCACUUCUGGA